AUGGCCCAGGAGGCUUGUUUCUGUGAGGACCAGCACCAGCGUCUGGACACGUUUGUGCCAGGCACCCCGGCCCCCGGGAGAGGGGCUUCCGCGGGCGCCUGGGUCACCAGUGGGCGCCGAUCCCUGCGGCGGUUCCCCGAGCCCCUUGGGUCCAGUUUCUCCGAGGCCCCCAGCCCGGCGCGGCACGUCACCCCCACUGGGGAGUUGGCCGACCAGCGCGCAGCAUCCUCCGUGUCCGCGCGCCCAGAGCCGGCUGCCCCGCGCGUCCCCAGGCCCGGGGAGGGGGCCCCCCAAGGCCUGAGCCACGAGGGCCGUGCCCUGCGCCGAGGGUCCGCUGCUCUGCCCCCGUCCUCACCCUGUGGCCAUCACCCGGUCACGCCGCUCUUCCCCGCGGCCUCUGGGCGACAGGACAGCUGGUGCCCGGCACGACCGGCUGCACGUCGGGAGACAAAGGGCGGCCAGGUGGAGGCUGAAGCCGAGAUCGUGGCCCAGAAGAAGACGACCCGCCCGCUGCUGCUCAAGCCCGGCCGGACAGCCGGCAAGUCCGCCAUCGCGGUGACAGCCGAGGAUCUCUCUGGGAACGCCGGCUCCGUGGCGCUCUCCUUCCCCCGGCAGCUGGACGACAAGGACCUCUUCAGCAAGUCGGACCCUUUCCUGGAGCUGUUCCGGGUCAACCCCGACGGCAGCGAGCAGCCGGUGUCCAGGACGGAGGUGCGCGCCCCACGGGCGGUGAAGAACAACCUCAACCUGGCGAGGGAGCCCUUCAGGGUGUCCCUGAGCAACCUGAGCAUCUGCGAGGAGAGGCGCCUCCUGAAGGGCCUGGUCUGGGACCACGACUCCCGCGGGAAGCACGACCUCAUCGGGGAGUUCUCCGCCACCCUCCAGGAGAGGCAGGAGGCCUCCGGGCCGCACCAGGCCCUGUGGGACUGCGCCAGCGCCAGGUACGAGCAGAAGCAGCGCAAUUACAAGAACUCCGGGGUGGUCACCCUGGCUGAGCUAAAGCGCCACAGCGUCUCCUCCUUCCUGGACGACAUCAUGGGCGCGCAGAUCCACUGCACGGUGGCCAUCGACUUCACGGCUUCCAGCGGGGACCGGAACAGCUGCUCGCUGCACUCCAGCAACCCCUUCCGGCCCAACGAGCACCUGCGGGCGCUGGUGGCCGAGGGCGAGAUCUGCCGGACUACGGGGUUCGACAAGAGGUUCUCUGCCUUGGGGUUUGGAGCUCAAAUUCCUCCCAAGUAUGAGGUGUCCCACGACUUCGCCAUCAAUUUCAACCCUGAGGACGAUGAGUGUGAGGGGAUCCGGGGAGCGGUGGAGGCCCACCAGGCCCGCCUGCCCGUCCAGCUCUACGGCCCCAGCAGCGUGGCCCUCAUCUCCAAGGUGGCCUGCACGGCAGGGCUGAGGAGCACCGGGGAGGCCUCUGGCCGCACCUGCUUCGUGUUCCCGCCUCGCUCUGAGAGGCGCUGGCAGAGGACUCCACCUGGGAACAGCGGCGCCCACCCCACGCCGGGGCCGGGCGGCUCCCCACCCGCGCCCCAGCCUCUCCCGGCCGGCUCUGGGUGGGGCUGGGCCGCCGCGCUGUGCAGCCGGCGGCGCCGCGCCCGGCUGGUCCUCCGGGCCGCGUGGCCGCCGCCAUGGCCGGCGCGCGGGGGCCGUCGUGGCGCGCCCCGCCUGCCCUUGCCCGUCACCAUCGUGGGGGCGGGCGGCGCCGGCUUCACCGACGUGCAGGUCCUGGACGGCGACGCCGGGGUCCUGCGCGCCCCCCGGGGCGCUGCGCGACAUCGUGGGGUUCGAGCCCUUGCGCGAGCUCCAGCAGGCGUCCCCGCCGCGCUGGCCGAGGGGUGCUGGCCGCGGUGCCCGCAGUGGUGGGGUUCUGCAGCCGCCAGGGGUGCCCCCGCCGAGCUGGGCGCCCCGGCCCGGAGGCCCGCCCAGCCUCCGCCCGAGAGCCGGCGGGCCGGGCCAGCCUUCCGUCCCGCUCCGCGCCUGGGCGGCCCCCAAGCCCCGGCCCAGGCGCGCUCGCCCCCACCCGGCUGCUGGAGCCAGCGCCGAGGGCUGGACGGGAGCUGA